AUUCGAAAUUUUCAAUGGUUUCAUUUUUAGACUUCAUUUUCUAUCUUUAAAAAACAUGUCAUUCAUAUUAACACCAUCCACAACAGCCGUAUUGUCAAAUCUGCAACAUGGUAAAAUCAUGUAUUCUGUCAUGAUGCGUAAUAUUUCAACAUCUCACCAUCUAAAUAAAGAAUAUGCGAUACCAAAUGAUCCAACGAACAGAGUUCGUGAUACUAUGACAAAAAUAAUAAGAGAGGAAACAUAUUGGACACGAAAAAAGAGCCAAAGACAUGAUACAGAGACAAUUGAUAAAAUAAUUAAUAUGACUAAAUAUUGUUUUAGUCGAUCAGAGGAUUGUCCUAGAUUACGACGAUGCAUUGAGAUGGCUGAACGAGAAGCCAAAUAUAUUGAAAAUAAGCAAGUUAAACGAAUGAUGAUGGAUACAUUAAUGAAGUCUAGAAAUGUUAGAUGAAUUUAUGAAAAAUCAUCAGUAUUCGACUGAAAUAGUUUGAUUUCGUGUAAAAGGAUUAAUAACGAAAAAUCAAUCAUCGUGAAUUUGUCCUUUAUCAAAUAAAAAUGCAGAUAAAGAUAACAGUCGUAUAGAUGAUAAUUUUUCAAUUGUAAAUUCU